AGCCGGCUCGCCGAGUCGAGUCUCCCAAGUCGAAUUCAGUUCCCAGAGAGACGCGAACCGAGUAGCUCGACGGAGCGUCGAUCAGUCGCUGCAGUGUACACGCUUAUAGGCAGCAGAGGGUGAGCGAGACGCGGUGACAAAAAGCGCUGGAAUAUAUAUCCGCAGGAAUAAAUUUUGAGCGAAUAUUGUCACUCGCCGGUGGUUAACGGUCGACGAGAUAAGUGUCGUAGAAUUUUUAUCGCAAGGGCGGAACUAUGGGAGAAUACAUCGUUGCGAGUGCGACGAUUCGGACGAUAAUUGGAGAAUAUUUGUAUCCGGGUAAUUGAAUAAUAAUCCGUUAGUCUCGUCUUCGGAGCGAGAAACUAAGCCCACUCUUAACGCAAGAGGGAAAUAGAGACAGAAAAAGAGAGUUUAGUGAUUCCGUGGCUGGCAGCGCCGUCGGUCCUCGAAAAGACAAGAGAGCAUCGCCUUUCGUUCGUUGGUAGUUUCACAGGAUACGCGGAGGCGCGCAAUUAUUACCAUUUUAGGCGAAAUGUCGGGUGUACUUGAUUCGCCAGUUUCGAUAUAGUGGGUGCUUGAUCGAUCCACGCUGUGGUUCAGCGGUUCCUGGGAAUACCUGUGACGGCUUGGACAAUUAUUUAUGAAUGGAUGGAGGUGCGCCGGAGAGUUCCGAAGGUGGAGGAUGGUGGAUCACGAUGGUGCUUUGGACGAUAGUCCUCUUCGGGUCUUUCCUCCUCAACGGGACCCUCCUCUUCGCCUUCCUCAAGCGACCCGGCCUACGCACGAUAUCGAACAGAUUCGUGAUGAACUUGAUCGCGUCGAAUCUGUUGACGUGCGUGAUCCUGACCCCUCUUCUGAUGUUGGACACCCCGCCGACAGACUCGUUUGGAUCCAGCCUCUGCUCCGUCUCGGAAGGUGCCGGGGCUUUUGUGACGGCAUCGUCGAUACUCUCGGUUCUUCUGAUCGCGAUUGAUCAGUACUUUGCGGUCGUCGAUCCCCUUCGAUAUCGUACGCGAAUCGACAAGCUGAAGUGCGGCGUGCUCAUCGUUUCUGUAUGGCUGGUUUCCGUGCUCCUGGCCCUUCUCGCAGCUUUCAAUCCCCAUCCUCACAGCCUCUGGUUGGCCUGUUUAAGCGAUCAUCGACUCGUCGUGGAACCCGGACUGGGCAUGAGUCUUGCUUCGACAAUUUCCAUCGGCAAUGGGACGGAGAAAUAUGACUUCAAGAGUGAGGUGAAGGUCACGGAAAGUAACGGCAGCUCCGUCAUUGAGGAGAACGUGCGGCUCACUGAGAACUCUACAAUGUUUUUUGAUGAAACGUUUCGAGAGAGUUUCGAGGACACUAAUAACACGAUGCUGGGAAACGAAACGCUCGAUUAUGUUACCUACGGCUUGGCUUACGCCACUUUUUACACCCUCUUCGUUUACCUAAUGCCGUUCGUUGGUGUUUGUUGGAUGUACGUAAGCAUCUAUUCGGCAGCUCAUAAAAAUUCGGAACGUGCCAGACGCACCGGAUCCGGACCGAUGUUGUCCUCGCCAAGUUUCUGCGAGGAAUACGGGAACGUCAGGCAUGACUUUUCCACCGAUGAUUUUCGUAGGAUCCCAAAGAUAUCGAGUCUGUCGUCGAUCGACGAAAGCAUCGAAACGAGCCCUAGUCAUAUACCGCGGGGAAGAUCCGAGAUGAUGCUUUGCUCGUCGGCAAUUGAAGAAGAACCAUCGAGUGGCGUUGUCUUCACCGUUGGUUUGCAGAAAGUUGACGUGUCGCCGAAAAAGCCGGCGAAGACAAUCGACGCUACCAAAGAAAUCUCCAAAGUUCCUAUAUCCGCGCUAAGGGCGGAAUUCCUUACUAAAAAAGAAGACAAUCGUCUUACGGACGACAACAUUGUACGGAGCAAGUUCCGCGAUCGUCCCGAUAACAGACGUAAAUCUUCUCACGAUAUCCUCUGUCAGGAAAUUCUGAGAAAGAACCUCGAUCGGUUGAAAAUACCGGAGGACUCGAGCGGCGAAAGCAGCGCCAAUGAGGAGGAGGACCAGGACGAAGAGGAGAUGCUGAAGUUUUCGAAAAACCGACGACUCGAGGACAUAGAAGUUGCCGAGUGCCACAACACUUUUGAGGAUCGAUCGGAAUCCAAUCGAAUACCUCUCAUCUUGGACACAGAACUCUCAACGGCCAGCAGUCGACCAAACAAAUUCAAAGAAUUUGGCGAUUCCGAUCGUGUUGAGCCGGACAUUUCGGUGUCAACGAGUCAGCAGCAACAGCAGCUGCAGCUAUCCGAGGUCCUGGCCAGUCCGGAUAUUCACUCCAACGUAAAUGCUGCAUCAUCAAAAAUGAUGGACACAGUACAAAGUAGUAGUAGUAGUGAUAGUAAAAUGACAUGUAGUGGUAUCUUGUCGCGUGCAGCCCUCGAAAUUCACAACGCCAAGUCAAGAUUGCAGAAUAGUCUUCACACCAACGGCAAAUCGGCAAUAAACGCUCGCUACUUAAACGGCGGGUAUCAUCGGCCGGACGGCGCAAUGGACCAGCCGGAAGAUAUUCUCCAUAAAAGCUUGUCUGGUCACAAUUUCCUCGAAGCUGAGUCUUCUCUAUUGGGCAGUUCAGCUAAUGGGGGCCCAGCGCCAACGGUGACGAUUACGCCGCCUCAUAAAAUACCUCUUCAUCGUGUUUCCAGCGUGAAAAGUACCUCGAGUUACAUAAACUCGUUGAAGUACAGAAUCAGCAAUGCUUCGGUGUUUAGAUAUCGGGAAGAAACGCGGGCGGCUAGAAUUAGUGCGCUCGUUAUAGUGAUGGGUCUGAUAUGCUGGACGCCGUACGUAGUUCUAUUAAUUGUCAGGAACAUCGAGCCGCUGCGUCUUACCGGGGCUGACCAACUUCCGCACAAUUACGACGUGAUGGCGCUCAGCUUUUUGAUACUGGCGGCAUACGUUAGCCCUCUGCUUUUCGGGUACAGAUCACGCCGCGUCAAGAGGGAGCUGAGAAAAGUUUUCUGCCCCAAACGGGAACUCUCGUACAAGAACAACAGAAGUUUGAUGGCAAAAAAGGUACUGAAACGAAGGCCCAGCAGCAAUCUUAGCCAUGUGGAAAUGGACACGAAAUAUAAUAUUUUUAGCUGCGUUUACGGAAGGAAUCGAUGGCCGAAAGACAAAGUGCAGUUCAUGCAAGUGCCAGAAACCGCGUUUGCCGUUGAAACUUGCAGAAGCAGCUUUUCCAGUGGUGCUAGUACUCAAAUCUCAACAACAUCCACCGAAGAAUCCUGAGUGUGCUGUUCUUCUCGGUUCAAAGAUGAGAAAGGACAAUUUUCGCGUCCAGUACUUGAUCUUUAUCGGAGAUAAAUAGUUGGGAGGAGGUAUACGAUAGUCUGAAUUCUCGAAAUAAAAGCGCCGAUUUUCCUGGGGCAACUAAAUUACCAGACCUUACAGCUGUAAGGAAUUGUAAGAUGAACCGUGAGUUCAGUUUAUCGGUGUAAGAUAACUAAUAGAGCGUAUGUCCAAGUACUACAUUUUUAUUGAUUAAGCGAUUACUUCGUGUAUAAUUGAACAAAAAAGAAAGAAAAAAUAAACUACCCGAGUCAUUGAAUGUAUAGGAGUAAGUAAACCUUGGUACUGAUUAUUGACGUGAUAUACGAACACGUUUCUAUUUCACGAGUAGCUGAAUGUGAGUUGAAAUGUAAAAUUACUGCUGUGUGUGUGUAUAUAUAUAAUAUAUAUGUAAUUUGUGCGAGUAUGAAUGUGCUGUCUGUAUAAAGUGAAAGAAAAGUAGUAUAAAUAUGAAAAUAAAAGUCAUUUCCUACUCUGUCUGAGCAUAUCUACUUCCUAGCAGAGUAAUUACAAUACAAUUAAUUAAUAUCAAAUAGGUAUACGUACAUUACAUUGUAUAUAUUGUACAGCAUUUCAUGACACGUUGUGACCUAAGUAAAAAAAAAAAUACCUUGUAUAAUUUUCUGAUUAUUUUGUACAUUACAAAUGGUUCCGUUUAUUUAUAUUAAAUAAUUUGUACAUAAACUUGACAACUAAUACUUAUUAAGUAGAUCUUCACAGAUUUAGGGUAUAUAGCAUCAUAAAACAUUGAAUAUUAUAUUUUGUACUCAUAGCCUUUAUGUAUGUGCAGCGCGAGGAGGAGUCUUUAACUUGUGAUAACUGAAAAUCAACCAACCAUCAGUCCUAAUCUUAAUAAAUAUUUAACUUAUGAAAAUUCAAUAAUAAAAAUCACUUUGAACACCA